AUGGCUGUUCCCCGGCCAUAUAUGCCUCUUCGGAGGUCGCUCUGCCAAUUCUCAUCUCGAUCCUGUCGCACACCUCGCAACCUCUCAGCGCCCUUUCGCAGAUACUCUUCGGAACAGAAACCCCCUCCCGAACCCAAGCCAUUCACUGUCUGGAGACCAUACCUACGGCUGGCCAUUGGUGUGCCCUUCAUCGGUGCUUUGGUGUAUUCCAUGAUGACGGAAGAAGUAACCGAACUCGACUCGCCUUCCCUCGUGGAACUCGAUGAAACGCUCAAGAAGCAAGCCACGAUCAGCGAACAGUCUCCCAUGCGCCUGCGCAUGGAGAAGCUGAUCAAGGAUCACCAACAGAAAAUCAUUGAAGAGCUCAGCCGGAUAGAUGGAAAGCAAUUCAAGACUGAUACCUGGACGCGCCCUAACGGCGGAGGUGGAAUAUCCUGUGUCCUUCAAGACGGAAAUGUCUUUGAGAAAGCCGGAGUCAACGUAUCCAUCGUCUACGGCGAACUUCCCCGGCCAGCCAUUGAGAAGAUGCGAGCAGACCACAAGUCCUUCGUUGGCGCCGACGUGGACUCCUUGAGCUUCUUCGCUGCCGGUCUGUCCCUCGUUCUCCACCCCCACAACCCCAUGGCCCCAACCGUCCACCUGAACUAUCGGUACUUCGAGACAUCCGACCCCAAGGACCCCCUCAAUGGCGACAAGAACUGGUGGUUCGGCGGUGGCACCGAUCUGACCCCUACCUACCUUUUCCCCGAAGACGCCAAACACUUCCACCAGACCAUCAAAGACGCCUGUGAUCGCCACGACGCCACAUACUACCCGAAGUUCAAAGCCUGGUGCGACAAGUACUUCUAUAUCCCCCACCGUCGCGAAUGCCGCGGUGUAGGAGGUAUCUUCUUCGAUGACCUGGACGCCAGCUUCCUCCAGUCCUCGUCAACCUCCUCACAGAACCCCCAGGAGACCCUUUUCUCCUUCGUCUCGGACGGUCUCGCUUCUUUCCUCCCCUCUUAUGUCCCCAUUAUCGAACGCCGGAAGGACAUGCCUUUUACACCCGAGCAAAAGGAGUGGCAACAGCUUCGACGCGGUCGCUACGUCGAGUUCAAUCUCGUCUAUGAUCGCGGUACUAGCUUCGGUCUCCGCACCCCUAAUGCCCGCAUCGAGAGUAUUCUGAUGAGUUUGCCCCGCACGGCAAGCUGGGCUUACAUGGACCCCGUGUCGGGAACCCGGACGGAGGAUUCUGUAGAUGGUGAUGAGGCACUUCUGGGCGAGGGCAAGGAGCGCGAGAAGGAGAUCAUGGAUGUUCUGAAACAUCCUAGACAGUGGGUGUAA